AUGUUCAAGCGCAAAACCGCGCCACGGCGCAAACCCUUGCCAAGGCCGUCGCUGCGCAUGCAUAGCGUCGUCGAGUGGUCCACUGCCGUCGCUGCGGCCGCCGACUGCCGCGUUCUACUGGCGCUCAUCGAGCACUUGACGCUCUUCAAGGCACAUAAAGAAAAACUGUUUGCGCACGAAGGCAAGGCCUCGGAGCGCAAGUUGCUGCUUCGCGCGUUCGAAGACCAGCUGGCACCCUCCAACAAACUGCUCAAGAAGCUCUCGUCGAGGUCCAUCUCGUGCAUCGUGCGCCAGAAACUCGAGAUGGAGCACGCACCGCUCUUGCCGUACGAGGCGUACCCCUCGAUGGUUCGAGCGCUGUUUGUGCCUGACGCCUCGACCUCCAACGCCACGUUCUUGAAAAGCGUGCAAGCCGAGCUCGAUCGCAUGCCGUUGGAGCACACGCAGGUCCUCCAGGCCCUCCUCGAUCUCUUGCACAAGGUGUCCACGCAGCUUCUCUUGGCCGAAGAGCCUCUGCUCACGCACCUUGGCGUGCACCUGGCGCGUCCGAGCGAAAAUCCAAGCGACUUGAGCCCGUCCGUUGAAGACCGCAAGCUCAUGGCGAGGAAGCUCCUCGCGUACUACAAAACGCUGUCGUUUCCGCGUGCCGCGCAAGGAUUGAUGACACCCGACGAGACGAUUGCUAUCGCGCCUCGACCGAGUGCCACGAUGAGCUCCUUCCGCCGACGGUCGAGCUCGGGCCGGCUUGCGUGGUCGCCCCUCUCACUUCGUCACGUGUCGCAACUGCUGUCGCACAUUGUGCAUGCGCCUGACUCGAAGCGCGACCUCUUCCUCAGCCUCUCGGACGGAGCACGCACCGCGUCGCUCUUGUCCGAGACUGAAGUGGCACGGUAUGCCAUGUACGCGCCGCACGAAGUUGCCGCCGCCGUCAAGCACGUUGUCCAACCGCUCGAGGCACUCGUGCCAUUGGAGGCGUUCCAGCUACGUGCCAAGGACGAGACGGCCACCAACAAGGACGGCGACGAGGAUGACGAGCGCGCCGUCACGGCCUUUAUCGCUGCGCUGCGUGGCCUCCCGAGCAGUCCCCGCCAUAUUGUCCGCCUCCUCCUUCUCGCCUUUACGCAGGCCCAAGGGGACGGAGCAUCCAUCGACCUCCUGAGCGCCGCGAUGGCCCAUGCUAUCUUUUACGAGCUCAAACAUACCGUCGCCGUCACAGGUCACGACCACCAGCAACUGGAGAGGGCUGCAAUCGGUGUGCUCAAGCACUCGGCGCGCAUCGUCCAAGCGACUCGUCCGCGCUUCACCUUGUACACGGCCGUCGUUGUACUGCUGGCCGUGCAGCAGAUGCAGCGCCGCAAGGCGCCAAAGUCGUUGCCGGACGAGAUUUCGACGGCCUUUGACAGCGAUCCUGCGUUCAAUGCGCUGCUCUGCAGCCGCGCACCUGUGCUGCGCAAGCUCUUUCACGCGUUUUGCAGCGACGCGGCACCUCGCCGUCUGGACAACACCAAGCUCGUGGGACUUAUGGAAGCCAUGCACCUUGUGCCGGCGUUUCUCUCGGCGUCGUCCUUGCUCGCGCUGCGCGAGGCGAUUCAGCGCGACCGAUCGCCGGUGGACCAGGGGCUCGGUUUUGAAGGCUUCCUCGAGCUCACACUCACGCUCGGAAUCGAGCUCUUGUCCCGACCCGAGCUCGACGCAUUGUACCCGUCGGCACUCGACAAGAUGCUCGUGGUGCUGGACGUAUGGGGCUUUGGUGACGAUGCGGUCGUCACGACCCUCUGCGCGUGA